AUGCCCUCCUCACCGCGAACCCCUAGGCAGCGCCGGGGACCAGUUGUAGAAGACGAGCCGGCCUCGCCUGUUUUCGAGCCACCGCAAAGAAGCGACACAUUUGACGAGGAUUCAAAGACUACCUAUGAGUCUAGUCAAGAAGAUAAUGAUGAUGCCCCUACUUCUAUCUUGAGCAACGACCCUUUCAGUAGCGAGAGCAGCCGCAUUCUGUUCGAGUCUAUCGAUGAACUUCGACGUUGUGGUGCUGGUCAAGAUCUGGAUCUUCCCCAGCUGGUGAUAGUAGGGAAACAGUCCGCUGGAAAAUCUUCACUCCUCAAAAGUUUGACCGACAUCCCAUUUCCAAUCGACAGCAAUCUUUGCACUCAAUUUGCGAUGCGGAUCGUUUCUCGCCGUACAGCUCCAGGAACGUCUGAUAUUGUUCAAGCCUCGAUUGAGCCGGGUGAUGUCAAUCCUUUUACUGUACACAGUGACGACUCCCGUGCAAAAGCCUUUAGUAAAGUACUUGCAAGUUUGGAUUUUGAGGCUUUUGAAGAGCUUAUUGUUGAGGCGAAAGAAGCUAUGGGUAUUGGCUCUCCCCUAUCCUCAGAAGACAAAAAUUAUUCUAGCCAGGUCUUAAAGAUUGAGCUCUCGGGACCCAAGCGGUCUCACUUUGCAAUCCUCGACUUGCCAGGAAUUUUCAGCUCCAGGAGAGAUGGAGUGUCUAGACGAGAGAUGGAAGGAGUAACACGAAUGGUGACUUCUUACAUGCAAAAGCCCGAAAAUAUCAUCAUUUGUGUCGCAGAUGCUUCUGGCGAUAUUCAGAAUGAGCAGAUUCUUGAGCUUGCUAGCGAGAUCGAGAGCUCGCGAAAAGUUGGUGUUUUCACCAAGUGUGAUAAGUCGGAUAACCCCAAAGAUAUUGUGAAUUUGGUAAAUGGCCGAAAUAAAUUUCAAGGAAAGCCGCUUCACUGGCAUGUUGUGCAAAACGCUGGACCAAAUGCCGCCGCAAACUUCGACCGCGAGCAAGCUGAGGCUGCCACAUUCACUAAGUCCCCAUGGACCGAAAUCCCGAAAGAGCGGCGAGGAAUUCCGGCUCUCAAACAGUACCUAGCAACAUUGCUUUGUACAAGGAUCAGAGAGGCCUUUCCCGACAUGUUGAGAACGGUCACUGGUAAACUCGACGAAGAGCAGCUUCACAGAAGGUCACUUGGCGAAUCUCGAGCAGAUCACUCGCAACGGCUGGCACAUCUUGUUGCUAUCUCGCAAAAGUAUCAGGACUUGGCUAAGAAGUCGUUGUCAACCCCUGACGCGCUUCCGGACGCGAAGAUGAAAUUGAGAGGUAAAUCAAAGGCAAUUACGCAAGAAUACACGAAGAGUAUGACUACAAACGGUCACUUCUAUAACUUUCUUGAGAUCGGAAAGAGCGUAGAUGUUUUUAUUAAUGUCGACGAGGAAUCUGACAGCUCUUCUGAAUCUCUUCCUGUGCCUGAUUUCGGUCACACUCGUGGUAGUAAGAAUGACCUGCCUACCCCAAUUUCGACCCCAACCAAGAAAUCUACUGCUAAAACGCAGUUCAAAACAGCUGUCCACCCCCUCUAUCGAGAAAUACGCACCCAACUUCGAGAGAACUUAGGCGAGGAACUCCCUGGAGUUCUCAACCCCUGCGUACUACAUCCUCUAUGGAGAAUUCAAACUCAAAAAUGGCAAUCUCUAACCAGGGACCAUCUUUCAAAGCUGAUCACCCGCACUUCCGAAGUCUCCAUCCUACUCUUCCGACAAGCCUGCAAAGAAGUUGGCGUUAGCGAACGCACCGUUUUCGGCCUGGAAAAGCAACUCGCCGGCUUCGAGCGCCAAUCCCGACAAGAUGUCAUGAACAAACUGGACCUUCUGUGCACCCGCAACGCCAACAUGGCCCUCCAAACCAACAACCCCGAAUUCGACUACAAAGUCCGUAAGGCGCGCGAACUCCGCUUCUCGCAAGCCCUCGAACGCUACAUCGCGCUUCACCCGCCCUCUACCUUCUCCUUCGCCAAACUCACCACCAGCAAACCCUGCGCCAUUGUCGACGAUGACCAUAUCGCCACCUUAUUCAACGAACUCCACCCUAACGGCGCGCGAUCUCAGAACGUGGAAGAUGAGAUUCAUGACCUCCUGAGAGCGUACUAUGAAAUUACGAUUCAGAAUUUCAUUUACGAUGUCACGCAUAAUCUGAGUGAGCCGUUUUUGUUGGAUACAAACGGGCCGUUGCUGGGGCUGAAUACGGAGUUUGUGAUGGGGUUGGGGGAAGAUGUGGUGCUUGAGCUGGCGGGCGAUGAGGAGGUUGAUGUUGUGAAGAGGAGGGAGUGCGAGGGGCGGAUUGGACGGUUGGAGGAGGCGUCCGCUUGA